UUUACUUGGUGAUAGGGCAAGUUUUCCGCCAUAUUGAAAUAUUGGCCUCUCUCUUCUUUUGAGCCAAACUGACGGACACAGCCAAUAGUAGGGAUCCCCAAAUCUGCUGUCUGAUUGACAGUGGCUACAGCAGGUUGUGAUAAUAUCGACCUAGACACGUCAGACUCUAAAGAGGACAUGGACUCAGCCGGUUCGGAGGCAAAACUGCUCUUUCAGCAUAGCCUCGACGUGAACACGAGGGACUCGUAUUGGUCCACACAACUGCAUCAUGCAGCUUACAAGGGAGACACCGGGACUUGUGAGCUUUUGAUUCGCAAAGGUGCCGAUGUCAACGCCCAGAAUCAGGACCAGUGGACACCCUUGCAUAAGGCUGCUUACAAAGGCCACGCUGGGACCUGCAAGGUUUUGAUUCUUUCCGGUGCAGAAAUUGACGCCAGAGAUCAGGGCCAGGCCACACCCCUGAACUGGGCUGCUUACGGGGACCACUCCACGACAUGUGAGCUUCUGAUUCGCGCUAAGGCGGACGUGAACGCCAAAAAUAAGGCCCAGUGGACACCCCUUCAUCAGUCUGCUAACAAAGGCAACACCGAGACUUGUGAGCUUCUUAUUGAUGCUGGUGCAGAAGUGAACGUUAGAAAUAAGGAGCAGGACACACCUUUGCAUCGGGCUGCUGGCUGGGACAACACCGAGACUUGUGAGCUUCUGAUUCAGAAGGGCGCAGAUGUGAUGGCCAGAGGCAAAGAUCAGGACACACCCCUGCACCGGGCUGCCAGGUAUGAUCGCACCGAGAUCUGUUACCUUCUUGUCCGUUCCGGGGCGGAAGUGACGGCCAAAAAUAAGGAGGGGAGGACUCCGUUAGACCUUGCAGGUGGUUCGGAGACUCGGCAUUUCUUGAUGGUAACUCCAGACUCUGCAAUUUUUUCCCUACUGCCUAACUUCAAAUUUUCCUGGCAUAAAAACUGUAAAGGUGUGAUGACCUGUAGCCAAAUAUGAUAAUCAUUGGGUCAUCAUCAUAUAUUGCGCUGUGGCUAGUAACGUUAACCAGUUCAGACCUUGUCGGUUAGCUGAAAGAUUAUACGUUAUUUUGGAUGAUGAGAUUUGGUCCCCUGUUUACACUCAACGCAGAA